CUUCCCCCGGUUCCAACUGUUGUGCCGCCGCGGGAUUUGGUCUGAGCCUGGGCAGAGCCCCCCUUUAAGAGCAGCUCUCCAGAUUCUAUCACAGCAAGAGUCUGCUGGAAGUGAUUCUUGCCUUCGCGUCGCACACAAAGGCGAGGAGCUCUUUAAAGGGACCUUCCUGCUCCUGCGUGCAGCUGCUAACCCGUGUUGGUGCGGACACAAUGACCCAGGCUUCCGCCUGAAAAUGAGUGGGGAGGGGUCUUGAGGAGCCCCCACGACCUCCCGGAGUGGGGCAGGGAGGGAGCUGACAGCCGGAGUGGCUGGAGACUACCGGUCCCCAGGGAGCGGCUUGCGAUUAGCUGCUUCUUGGGAUGCUCAGCGCGCCAGUAGAGCAUCCUGCCUGUGGUCCAGAGGGUGCUGGCGGCGCAUCUUGCGGUAUGCCUGCGUGGAUUUGAGCCAUCGCCCAGAGGCGAGCCCGCAUUCAGGCACCGCGGACAGGCUUCUGGCAGGGCUGCGUUCAGCACAAAUGCUUAGCUCCAGGCGUCUGCCCAAGCCUCCCGACUACAUGGAUUUGGCUGUUUAAUCAACCGAGAUUACUGCCCGGGAAGAUUUGCCAGUCUGAUCCGCGCUCCAGCUGCUGUGACAACUUCAGGGCUAGCUGUUUACUUCUCUCGGUGCCUGGGACUCUGUCCUGCACCGCAGUCACUGCUGCCACUUUCCCUGGCUCUGAAGUCAGCUGCAAGGACUCCCCGGCCCCGAGGAAGGGGGAGCAAGGAGGGGUUAAAAGACAAGCAGACCCUCCCAACUGCUCGACCUCUCUUGACUGCCUGUGUUCCGGGGUUCUGAGAGGGACCGUGCACUGCCCGGGGAAGCAAUGCAAGUCUCCAUAGCCUGCACAGAGCAUAAUUUGAAGAGUCGGAAUGGCGAGGAGCGACUUCUGAGCAAGCAGAGCUCCACCGCCCCCAAUGUGGUGAACGCAGCCCGGGCCAAAUUCCGCACGGUCGCUAUCAUCGCACGCAGCCUGGGGACCUUCACCCCUCAGCAUCACAUCUCUCUCAAAGAGUCCACCGCAAAGCAGACUGGCAUGAAAUAUAGGAAUCUUGGAAAAUCAGGACUCAGAGUUUCUUGCUUGGGUCUUGGAACAUGGGUGACAUUUGGAGGUCAAAUUUCAGAUGAGGUUGCUGAACGGCUGAUGACAAUUGCCUACGAGAGUGGAGUGAAUCUCUUUGAUACGGCUGAGGUCUACGCUGCUGGAAAGGCAGAAGUGAUUCUGGGGAGCAUUAUCAAGAAGAAAGGCUGGAGGAGGUCCAGCCUGGUCAUAACAACCAAACUCUACUGGGGUGGAAAAGCUGAGACGGAAAGAGGCUUGUCAAGAAAACAUAUUAUUGAAGGACUGAAGGGCUCCCUCCAGAGGCUGCAGCUCGAGUAUGUGGAUGUAGUCUUCGCAAAUCGACCAGACAGUAACACCCCCAUGGAAGAAAUCGUUCGAGCCAUGACACAUGUGAUAAACCAAGGCAUGGCAAUGUACUGGGGAACCUCCCGCUGGAGCGCCAUGGAGAUCAUGGAAGCCUACUCUGUAGCAAGACAAUUCAACAUGAUCCCACCAGUCUGUGAACAAGCUGAGUACCAUCUUUUCCAGAGAGAGAAAGUGGAGGUUCAGCUGCCAGAGCUCUACCAUAAAAUAGGCGUCGGAGCGAUGACAUGGUCUCCACUGGCCUGUGGCAUCAUCUCAGGAAAAUAUGGAAAUGGGGUGCCUGAAAGUUCCAGGGCUUCACUGAAGUGCUACCAGUGGUUGAAGGAAAGGAUUGUGAGUGAAGAAGGGAGAAAACAGCAAAACAAGCUGAAAGACCUUUCCCCGAUUGCGGAGCGUCUGGGAUGCACGCUACCUCAGCUAGCCGUGGCGUGGUGCCUGAGAAACGAGGGUGUGAGUUCCGUGCUCCUGGGAUCAUCCACUCCUGAACAACUCAUUGAAAACCUCGGUGCCAUUCAGGUUCUCCCAAAGAUGACAUCACAUGUGGUAAAUGAGAUCGAUAACAUAUUGCGCAACAAGCCCUACAGCAAAAAGGACUAUAGAUCAUAAGGCAGUGCAUGAGCCGCAGAAGCUGCAUGGGUAAAGCAGCAGUCUAUACAGGUACAGAACGGUGUUACUAGCCGGUGUUCUGAAUCACUUAGCAGCCCACUGCUCAACCUCUAAUGUCCCCGGAUUCUGAGGUUUCUGCUGUCGCUACCACUGUGCACCUGAAUUAUGAACACAUCUGAAAACUCACAACCAGGAAAAUCCAUUCUAUUUUCUUAUCUGGGACUGCAGUCACCUGUUCUUACAUUGCUCUGUACAUCUCAUGUUUAUGCAAAGGAAAGCAUGUGGCGGGGGAAAGACAUAUUACCUUCAGGCAUUUAGUAACUUAAAGAAGGUUGUACAGAUAUAUUUUUUCAAAUGAACAACAUCCACAGAUGCAAUGUGGAUUGCAUCAGAAAGAGUAGGCUCUGUUCACUCCGAAGUCUUGCUUGAAAAAUCAGCUGAAACAAUUUUACAUUUUUUUUUCUAUUUUCACAUUCAUGUUAGCAAGAGUUGUUUUCACUUGUCAUUCAACAGAAGUGAAAUGCCUAGGUAUUUGCUUUCGUUACCUUUUAAAUAUUUAGUGUUGCUUGGCCUCAAAAAUGGCCCUGUAUAGCAAUUCCUCCAAGGUGUUCUAUUAGGAUUCUAAUGUUAUGUCCAUUUACAUGGAGAGAUGGUAAAAGGAUGAAGACCCUAGUCUUUAACCAGAGACAGUCUGGUUAACUUAUGAAAGGGAGAAUUACACUACUAUGGAAGCCUAGCUUUGAAUAAAAUGUAUCUGCAAUGAAGUGUUCAUUUUUACCUACAUUUUCCUAAAACCUGCUUUAUACUUUUGACUGCUUGUAGGCACAGCUUCUGCAAGUUUAAAUAUUUGAGCUUUAAAAAUAAAUAUACACAUGCUCAGUUUUGUAAGUAAAUCUGUAAAAUACCCAGAAAGGCAAAUGUUUGCUGUUUAAUUAGCACUGGGAUUUUACAUGCUUGGUGUUUUUGAGAAGUUAUUAACAUGAAAGUGAAUCAUGGGCUUUGAGAAAAAUGCUGUCACUUCUCAGCAUAUGCUGGGUGAAGCAACUUGCCCAAAGAAAAGUAAAUGUUAAAGAACUUCCUAAUUCCAUAAUCACACUGUGUGCAUUAAACUAUAUGCAUGAAAGUUCUUUGCAUGGAUUAAUGGGGCCUAGCCUUGUGGCACGCAGAAGCUGAGGUAUAUCCCGCCCUGCCACUACUUGGCUACCUAUUCUCAUGAAUAUAUGACUUGAGAAAAACUGACAGUAUACUGCGUGUACCUGUAAGGAGGGAGAAAACUUUUUUCCCCACUUUUAAGGUGUAUGUAGAGGGGGGAGGGUCCUCUAUCUCUAUUUGGACACCUGAGCAUGUACGAAAUUCUAAUUUAAUUUUCUGGCCAACAGGACCCCAUGUAGAAACCACUGAGACUUACAGAAGAAAUGUACUAUCAGCUUAAAAUGCUAUUUUCUGCCAUCAUUUCCAGAUAUGUAUUUCAUGAUUAAGUUCUCAAACUUAAAAUGUUAGUGUGACGUACCAACAAAUUUUCUUUUUGAUUACUAUUACCUGUAUUCUAAUAGGGAAACAGUGCGUUUUUUACCCAAGAGUAUCAGAUUAAUGAUGGAAAUGGAUCAUUUUUCAGUUGUUCAUUGUGCAUUCUAUCAAUCCAGUAUGCAUAAAUGAGCUGAAGUUGUCUAAUUGGAACUGCAGUUUAUUUGCUUAGAGUAAUAAAAGCAUUUGUGCAUUU